AUGCGCCUGCGCCUGCGCUAUGUGCAUAACCUGCGCGUGGAGGCCGCCAAGGUCCGGCUGCACGAGGUGAAUGGAGCCGCAGAAGCCGAGCUUCAGGUGCCCAAAGCCCUGCGGACGGUGGCGCAGCUGGCGGAGAUGCUGCAAUCCGGGGGCUUACUUCCGGUGCUGGCGGUGCAGGGCUUUGUUCUGCUGCCGGAGCAGCCGUUGGCAGUGCUGCGCCCGAACGAUGAGGUGAUGGUUUGCGCGGCGCAACUUCCAGCCUUGGCAGACGUAGGUCCUGCGGAGCCGCUCGCCUCGCCCAAAAAACCGCCGCGGGGUCGAACUCCGCCGGCGCCGGCGGAGUUGGAGUUGGAGUUGGAAGGCAAAGGCAGAAGGACAUCUACUCCCCCGACGUCAGCGAAGCGUCCGCGGCCUGCAUCGAUGGCGCGAGAGACGGGCGCCAAGGCAGCUAGAGGCAGCAAGACGGCGCCCGAGGCAAGCAGCGCGCCAGGCGACCUGGAUCGCCGGGCGCUUGAGGAGCAGCUGGCGCAGCAGCAGCGCCGCAUCCAGGAGCUGGAGCACGAGAACGCGCGCCUCAGGAAGCUCCAGUCGAGCGAGAAGCGCUGGGCGCCGGCCGAGCCGGAGCUGCUGCGGAAGGGCAACGUGAUCCGCUACCAGCUGGACCUCAUUGACGCCUGGAACCACACCAUGCAGCGCUCGCCGGAGAAGGUGGCGGUGAUCACCAAAGUCGCCGCGGGCGGCGACGCCCUGAGCUUCGGGCUGCGCUGCGAGAGCGGCGGCGUGGACUUCCUGGAGGCCUCGCGGCUGCUGAACCUGCAGGAAGAUGCGGUGAACGGAGCCGUGGCGGAGGUUGUCCGGGAGCAUGGCCGCGUGGACGUCCUGGUGCAGGCGGCCGGCAUCACAGGCAAGACUAACAUCAAGAGCCACGAGGUGGAUCUGGCGGAUUUCCAGCGGGUCUACGACGUGAAUGUCAAGGCGAUCUUUCUGUGCGCCAAGGCCGUGCUGCCAUCGAUGCUUAGCAAUAACUAUGGCCGCAUUGUGAACAUCGCAUCCAUCUCGGGGAAGGAUGGCAACGCCGGCAUGCUGGCAUAUUCCUCCUCGAAGGCGGCGGUCAUCAAUCUGACAAAGGUCAUGGGCAAGGACUAUGCCAGCCUUGGCAAGGACAUCACCGUGAACUGCAUCGCACCAGCCGUGGUGCAAACAGCGAUGGUGGAUGCCAUGCCGAAGGAACAGGUGAAGUACAUGACUGACAAGAUCCCCAUGGGGCGAACAGCCAAGCUGGAUGAGGUGGCCGGCACGGUGCUGUACGCCGCCUCUUCCGAGUGCUCUUUCACCACCGGCUUCUGCUUUGAUGCGAGUGGCGGGCGAACGGUGUACUGA